UCUUGAUCAAUCCAUGUUGACCAUCCUAUCCUAAAAUAGCAGUAGUACCUAAAUUUAAGGCAUGAGUUUGCAUGCCUGUUUUUUUCGAGGUAUGAAUUUAAGGUACCCUCUCCUUUGUCAUUGUUGAUACUGGUAGAAAAUGCUGCAUAGCUUCAAUCAUUAAAAUCGGAAUCGGUGUAAUCAUACACCCGAUAGAAGUUCACUCGGCGUUCACUCAGUGUAUGCAACAAUGGAAACACUUCGUGGACCUCAGCUUACAAUGAACGAUGGUGCUACACUGGUGACAGAGGUGGUAUCGGAUGAUGAUUCGCAUCUUUGCCUCUAUAUAUUAUUGCAGGACAUGAUUAAAAUUGGUGACAUGGUUGUUGGGUUUGACAUCGAGUGGGGCUUCAAAGGGACUUCUGCUAGCAGAUCAGGAAGCACUUCUGGCAGAAACACCGAGAAUCAUUCUCAGUCUGACAAGUCAGAGCACCUUCCUAGGAGAGUAGAACAUCACAUUGCUGUGUUGACUUUCUGCACCAAACUUGGCUGCGUCCUAAUAAGGCUCUCUCCUAAUCAUAUCUCGCCAUCUCUAAAACGCUUUCUCUCGAUUAAGGACAUUAUGUUUGUAGGAGUUCAUAUCAAGGAAGAUCUUCAAAGGCUAAGAUGUGUUGACGGUCUGGUGGUUCGGAAUGCGGUGGAGUUGAGUGAACUGGCUGCUAAAAUAUAUGACCAACCUCGAUUCGCUGCUUAUAGUGCAAGGGAAUUGGCUUACAGAAUAGCUUCACUAAAAGCUGACUCAAAACCUCUCAAUGUUUUAUGGUCAAAUUGGUUUGAUCAUACUCUUUGCCCUGAACAGAUUGAGUCUGCAACCAUUGAUGCUUAUGCAACGUACAAGAUUGGCAAAAAGCUUAUGGAAAGCGGCAGUAGCAGUGUCAAGAGGCUGUUCUCAUAACCUGUACACUUAUGUCCAAUUUCAGCCUUGAGGAAUUGUCGUGUCUGUCUAUUCAAUAAUCCAUGUCAGAGUGAAAAAUGAUUGUGUUCUGUUGUUGUCGUUGUCGUCCUCUGAGUUCACUGUUAGCCGAUGGUGUUCCUGGUAUUUCAGAGCCUUGCAUUUCUUUUGUUUUUCA